AUGAAACCUCAGAGCCCGAGCCAAGACGACUUCUGCGCUUUUCACACGGACCUAUGCACUCUGGUUGGUAUCUUUGAUGGGCACGGGCCUUUUGGGCAUCGUGUCGCCAACUACGUUCAGGAGACUCUGCCACGGACUCUGCUUCAGUCACAGGGCUUCCUUCACAAGGAGGUGGAGAAGGCAUUGAAAGAUGCGUUCGUAGAGACGAACCAGAAGUGUCUGGAAAAUGAGGCUUUCGAUUGCCAGCUCAGUGGGACGACAGCCACUCUGGCCUACCUCAGCCAGCGCAUGCUGUACAUUGCACAUGUGGGGGACUCACAAGCAGUCAUUGCUUCGAAGCCGAAGCCGGUGAAAGGUGCCACGCCCAAAGUUGGCAUCGAAGUGGAGGUGCUUACACCUGAACACCGGCUGACCCAAGAGGGGGAAAGGCAGCGCAUCGAAGCUGCCGGUGGACAGGUCGUCCAGCUCGAGGGCGACAUCCCCUUGCGAGUCUUCCUCAAAGGAGAACUUUAUCCAGGCUUGGUCAUUACACGGGCUCUCGGCGACAAGAUUGGAGCCAAGGCUGGCGUGUCCUGUGAGCCUGAUGUGCGCGCUGUGGAGAGGAGACCCGAGUGGCAAUUCCUGCUCAUGUGUUCGGAUGGAGUGUGGGAGUUCUGCGACUUCCAAGAAGCCGCAGACAUUAUCUUCAAGUAUCCACCCAGCAAGGCGCAAGAAGCUGCCGAGGCGGGAGCAUCGUUGCUGGUAGCGCUGGGGCAACCAUUGCUACGACCAUGA